AGCUCCUCUAUCACGUGCGGGUUAAAACCCGGGUCAUCGCAUUCGGAUCUUCAUCAUCUCUACAAAAAACGCGAUUCGUACCAAAAAAUUUCCCCCAAUUCCCCCGAUUCCCUCCAAUCUCAUCAUCGUGGGAGUCUCCAAAUUCGUUUUAGUUUUGCUUUUGAUUUUCAAUUUCGAUAUUUUUUCCAUUCAAUUCGUUCUAUUCUCUUUCGACUGAUGUCUCUCUUUCCGAUUUUUUGUUGAUUCCGAAAAUUCUAGGUUUUCACUGUAAAUUCUCAGAUCCGUUAGAUUUAUUCAUCGAUUUUAUUUGGAAUUUUCGUAUUUGCUAUUCGGAUCUUUUCCUUUUCGUUUCCCCUCUGUAAAUUGAUUUUGAAACCCUAAUUUUAUCCGGAGAUCUUUGGACACCUAGGGUUUGCGUAUUCGUGGUGAUUGCUCAAUCUCAAGGCUACUCGGAUCCGUGAAUUGAUUUAGGGUUUUGAGGAUGGGAAUGAAACGUCCUUUUGAAGAGGGAGAUUUUCCAGAGACCUCUUUCAGGCAACCUAAACAACGGGAUUAUCAUGGGAAGUUAACCUUAAAUGCAGAGGACUAUCACAUAGCGACUCUGGCUGUUCAAUCUCCUGGUGAAGCAAAGGACAGCUUUUAUCAGUUACAUUUUGAGCCGCUUGAAGAUGGCGAGGCUGAUAAUGAUUCUGUAGCUGACAAAGAACUGGAAGCAAGUGCACCCUUGUCGUUGGUCACCAGUAGCAGCAGCGAGGAAGAUGCCGUGAUUGGGGAAACCUCUGACUGGUCUUGUUUUCCUGGAUAUAUUGAUAUUAGCAUUCCAAGGCGCCCCUCGAAUCAAUUUGACGAUCCCUACAUAUCUUUGUUUAACUCUCCUCCUAGGAAAGAAGUUCCUCUUGGAUCUGAUCAUCAAGCUGAAGUCCCACCGUGGGAUCCAAAUGCCAGUUACUUUGGUGAUGAUGACAGAGAGGCAAGACUAAUUGGAACCUGCAUCAUUGCAAUGCCCGACUCAAACGAUUCAACCAUGGAAGGAGUUGGAGUUGGGCGUGGCAGAACAGAUUGUAGUUGCCUGGAUAUGGGAUCCAUGAGAUGUGUGCAACAACAUGUGCAUGAAGCAAGAGAAAAGUUACGGGAGACUAUUGGGUACGAGAAUUUUGUGGAGUUGGGUUUCUGUAAUAUGGGUGAUGAGGUAGCAUACCAGUGGACCCCUCACGACGAACAAGUCUUUCAUGACAUUGUUUACUCUAAUCCUGCAUCACAUGGUAGAAGAUUUUGGAAGCACUUGAGUGCUGCAUUCCCAACUCGAACCAAGAACGAACUUGUCAGCUACUAUUUUAACGUCUUCAUGCUCCGGAGGCGGGCUGUUCAAAAUAGAUCUUAUUUGUUGGAGAUAGACAGUGAUGAUGAUGAGGAGCUGAGAGGUGUUCAUGGAGGCUCCCAUCAGAGCAGAUCUUAUCCAUCAGAUCAAGAAACCGAUUUUGAAGAUCAGCAAGGUCGCAAGGGGGAGUUCUAUCUUCUCGAAGGAGAGGACGAGGACUCCACGGUCGAGUCGUUCGGCGACCAAGAUUUAGACGCGAGCUGGGUGGACGACUUCUGGUCCGAGCCUCAAAAUGGCUGCGAAGAAGACGAGGCGAGCAAUCUCAAUCUUAAGCACGACGUCUCUGACGUUAAAGCCAAGAAGCUAGAUGCCGUCGAGAUGAAUGCCGGAGAAGAUGAUGAGUCGCUGCACGACGACCCCAGGUUGUAUACUUAAAAUUUUUGUGGCCUUGAAAUUUCCUGUACAAAAACGUAGAUAUCGAUCGGGGGUGGAGGAAAGUGAAGGCUAAGUGUUGCCUGGCCUCAAACGCCCAACAUAGUUAAUUGAACCCAUUUAUUUAUACAUAAGAAGCUCUUGCUCUUCUAAUUAUUAAA